UAAAAGGAGCGACUCAGUGCUCCAGUGCUGAUGCCUGCUUCACUAACUGGACUUUUACAGUCCCUACAGCCACAGCACACACUCACACACUCACUCACACACACACACACACACUGCAGGACUGAACCACUACACGUUUAAAGAAUAAAACAUAAUGGUUUCCAUCAGAGGUUUGGAGAAAACCAUGGUGUUCCUGUGUGUGUGUGUUCUGUACAGCAGCAUGAGGACAGACAGCAGACCACUGAGCCGGAGGUCCGUCAGUGAGGUUCAGCUGAUGCACAGCGUCGGCGUGCGCAAACACAUACAGCAGAGGCAGGACUGGCUGCAGGAGCACAUGCAGGACAUACACACCGCCCCACUGCAUGAUGGGAAAAUCAGUGGUGAGCGCAUCAUGCUGGAGCGCUCGCUGUCCGAAGCCGUUAUGCCCAACACACCAAAAGGAGUCGUGGUGGAAACGCGAUGAAACGUGGACGCUUCAAUGUGUAUUAGAACAGCCGUCUGCAUUAAUGUUCCACAUCUCAUCUCAAUCUCAUUCAUCCUAAAUAUAUUGCUAUUUAUUUUUUCUAUUUAUAUAUUUAAGUAUUUAUAUAGAGUUACAGAUUUUUAGAAUUCUUUUCCGAAGUACUCCUGCUUGUUAUAGAUAUGUUGUGUGUAUUUUAUGGAACUUUUAUUUUAGAAAAAAAAAUAUAUGUGUAAGAAAGCACUUUUAUUUCUUUUACUUUAAUGAGCUGAAAUAAUGUUUACUGAAGCCAAGAAUAUAGAAGAGUAGGACCAAAUUAUUUUUUCUUAAAGAAAUGCAGGGAAAAAAAGGAAGAAAAUAUAUUUUUAAAACAGAAAUGAUCAAGAAAAAAAGAAAAUGUAAUGUACUUUAAUAUAUGUUUAUAGUUUAGGAAUAAUAUUGCAAAAGAUUUUAAUAUUUUAUUGUUAAAUUUGAAUUUUCCUUUUAUUUAGAUUUUAACAUUAAUAUGAAAUAUAGUGUAUUGGCUCAUACACACUUUGUAUCACCAAAACUUAAUAUAAUAUAUAUUAUAUAUUUUCGUGCUUUAUUUUUUAUAUUCUUCUAAUAAAAAGACUGAUGAAGCUCUAGAAA